UUUCCUCGGAAAGGGAACUUAAGGCGUUUUCUGCAACGACUCCUUCAUCGAAUCGAACUUCUAUUCCACGCUUCUUUUUUCUAUAUAUGAUGACUUCAAAUUCAGCUUUCGGACAACAUUGAAUUCCAGAAUCUCGCAUUAAAUCCCGGAAAAACCCAAAUUCCGAUUCUUUCUAAUCCUAAAUCCUCGCUUUCUUUUAUUUAUCUUAUUAAGCUUUUAUUCAACAAUUCUUGUGAUUACUGAUUCUGGAUUCCGAAUUUCGAUAAUGGGGACACCGCAAUUUCCCGAUCUUGGUAAACAUUGCAACAAAGAAGAUUGCAGACAGAUCGAUUUCUUGCCUUUCACUUGCGACCGCUGCAGUCAGAUAUUUUGUUUGGAGCACAGAAGUUAUGCGAAGCACAAUUGCCUGAAAGCUGAUAGUAAGGAUGUUACAGUUGUCAUCUGUCCACUUUGUGCAAAAGGAGUUCGCCUAAAUCCUGAUGAAGACCCUAACAUCUCUUGGGAAACUCAUGUUAAUACGGAGUGCGAUCCAUCAAAUUAUGACAAGGUCACAAAGAAGAGAAAAUGCCCUGUCAGAGGUUGUAGGGAGGUACUUACAUUCUCAAACACAAUUAGAUGCAGGGAUUGCACCAUAGACCAUUGCUUGAAGCACCGGUUUGGACCUGACCACAGUUGUCCUGGACCCAAGAAGCCUGAGAUGGGAUUUCAAUUUAUGGCUCUUCUGAAUAGGAGUAGAAAGGAAGAGUCAAAACCAAAGCAAAGCCAAGCAACUCCUUCAGGAAGGUGGGCCACAGCCUUCCGAAAUGCAGCUUCAAGUGUUCGAGCCUCAGCUGAAGCAGGCAUGGCAAAAUUGAGUACUGAGAUCAGCCAAGCUUUGCAGACUACAAAGAGUGAUGCAGGCCCGAGCAGCACUGGUGGGCUAGAGGAAGAAUGUCCACAAUGUGGUGCACGGUUUUCCUCAGUUACAACUUUGGUGGAGCACGUGCAAAAACUUCAUGAAAAGAGUGGCAAUCAAUAUCGUGUCUUGAAUUUGCCGGUAGAUGUAUGUCCCAAGUGUAGUAGAGGUUUUCGUGAUCCAGUAGCACUUGUGGAGCAUGUUGAGAGAGAUCAUGGAGGUACUUCGAAAGCUUAGAAAGUUUUGCCCAUCAAAACAGAAAACUUCGCUUUCUCGUGUCAAGAAGUUGGACAGAUGUAUAUCCCAAGUGCAGUAGAGGUUUGCAUGAUCCUGUGGCAGUUGUGGAGCAUGUUGAGAGGGAUCAUGGAGGUACUUGAAAAGAUAAAAUUUUGCCCAUCAAAACAGAAAAUUCACUUUGAGAUUAGUUAUUUUUGUAUUUUAAAAUUUCAGUUGUGGCUUGAUUUCAUUAAAUCUGAGGCUGCAGAUGCUCAAAUAACUUUUGAGCAUUGAAUUAUUUUUAGGACUUGAAACUGAAAUUUUCAAUUCAAAAUGUUUAUAUGAAUAGUGUAAAUUGGUAACAACCAAAUUUUUUUUUCUUUCUUUUUACUUGAUUUUUAAGAUAAUGAAGGAUGUAGCAUCUUUCGAGUUCUCUCCUA